GCACUCUUGUCGUCAUCGCGGGGCCACUGGGCACACCGCGAUCCAUGCCACGAUCCAUCCAAUGAUCCAUGCAUUCGACAAAGAAAAAGUGAACUUUACGAAAAGUGAUACUUGUUCACAACGUGUUCACCAAACACAGCAAAGGGGUCAUCGCGUGCUGAGCACCGUCCAUUAUGUGAACAGCGUUGUUGCUGAGUUCUGUGAUGUGCGUACUUAUGUGAGCUCAUCGACAAUGUAUCCCAGUGACGAAGACUGUUAUUUAGAAGGGGUUGACAGUGACGAACCAGACAGUGAGGUCGAAGCCCUGCUGUACUCAAAAAUUCAUUAUGCUGAAGGCAUUGACGAUGACGUUGAUGACCAACGCAACGAAGCAACAACGGUGCCUGAAAGUUCCCCAGAAAAGUCCGCAGAAGACCUGAAACUCGCAACAUGUUCCGACGAUGAGGAGGUUGUGGUAUUGGACGAAAUAUAUAGUGAUUACCAAACAUCUACCAGUGACAGCGAUCCCGAUAGUGAGACUGUGGUUAUCAGUAGCGAUGAUGACGAUAUCAUGACGUUUGGUGAUAGUGACCCGGACAUAACUAUCAAUGCAGAUGGCGCGCCGGGUACAAGAACAGGUCUUAAGCAUGAAGACCUCUGGCGCAUCGACGCAGAUGACAAGUACCGAAAUCUCCAGGGUUUCCGCUACCACAACAUGCCCAAUUUUCACUGCAAGAGUUGCGGCAAAAUGGGACACCUGUCAAAGAACUGUCCGCAACCAAAGGAGAGGGUGUGCUACCUGUGUGCGAUACCAGGCCAUCGCGGAUCGAGGUGUCCUUCACGAAUGUGCACACGAUGCUUCUCUCAGGGGCAUGUAGACUACGAAUGCAACCAGCCGUACGUCGAGCACUGCAACGUUUGCAACUUGACAGGCCAUCCGUCGAGGCUCUGUCCAGAUUUCUGGAGGCGUUACCACCUCACGGUGAGUUUGAAUGAGCCGCAGACGCGGUCGACCUCAUAGUCUAUGAUUGUUUAUCG